UUACUCAUCAUUGGUAUGUCUAUUGCUGGUACUAUACCAAUUGCACAUACCCAGCAGCAUGAGCCCCUUCAGUCACUCAAUUAUCAGCAACACCAGCAACAACAGCAACAACAGCAUCAACAGCAUCAACAGCAUCAACAGCAUCAGCAGCAACAGCAGCAUCAGCAGCAACAGCAGCAACAACUCAAAUACAGUACACGACAAGUUAAAACGAGAUACGGCACACUCCGUGGAAUUGUACCGCGCUCGUCCCUCGUUGAAGGUGUUGAGGCAUACCUCGGUGUACCAUACGCAACACCACCACUUGGUGCAUUACGCUACAUGCCACCAGUCACACCGACCCAGUGGCGUGGAACAAAACUUGCCGAUACAAUGCCACCCCCGUGCCCGCAGAAGAUACCACCAUCAACCGAUCCAACUAUUUCAAGACCAAGACGUCAUUACAUCGAUAGGAUUACACCGUUGCUCGUUAAUCAGAGCGAGGACUGCCUUUAUCUCAAUCUAUACGUGCCACGGCCAUCCCACAGCAGUAGCACGGAAUUGCUGCCAGCACUGCUCCUUAUCCACGGUGAUUCAUACACCUGGGGAACGGGCAAUUCAUUGGACGGCACUGCCCUUGCCGCACACGGUCGCCUCAUCGUAGUAUCAAUUAAUUUUCGUCUCGGUGUUCUAGGUUUCCUAAAAACGAGCUCCAAAGGUAGUGCCCAGGGUAAUUACGGCCUUAUGGAUCUUGUUGCGGGUCUCCACUGGCUGCGUGAAAAUGUUGGAGCCUUUGGCGGUGAUCCAGGGCGUUUAAGUGUCCUUGGUCAUGGUACUGGUGCAGCGUUGGCAAAUUUUUUGGCUGUAUCACCGAUGGCCAAAGAGCUUGUAGAACGUGUCAUCCUCUUGGGGGGCUCUGCACUAUCACCCUGGGCCAUUCAGCGUGAUCCACUGGGAAUUAAAAAACGAAUUGCUGAACAGACUGGAUGCGAUGGAAAUGUCGAGGCUGAUGACAUUGCCAGUUGCUUGAGAGGGAGAAGUGUUAAGGAACUUUUGGCUGUUAAACUUGAUACACCCAGGUUCACUUCCGGUUUUGCACCCUUCCCUGAUGGAGCUGUCCUGCCACAUGCUGCGGUGCAGGCGGCUCAACCCACUGCCUCAUCUGCUGGAGUUUUACCCCUAUUACCAGGACCUGGGGGAGAAUUCGCUGCUCUAGGUGAUCGCGAUUUACUCAUUGGACUUACCACUAAUGAGGCUUGGCUGGACUUGAGCGAUGAUGAUAUGAAGAAUGGACUGAACGAGAGCCGGAGGGACAGAAUUCUUCGGACAUUUGUCCGCAACACCUAUCGUUAUCACCUCAACGAGAUUUAUUCGACUCUCAGAAACGAAUACACGGAUUGGGAACGAAGUGAGCAGAGUCCAGUGGCAAUUCGCGAGGGUCUCCUCUCACUCCUCGGCGAUGGUCAAGUAGCAGCACCACUCCUCAAGCUCGCGUCACUCCAUUCGACCUCAGGUGGUCGCGGCUUCUUCCUUCAUUUUCAACCUGGUGAACUACCUAGUCAACGAGGAGAAGAACUCCCCUAUCUUCUCGGCAUUCCUCUCCUCAGGAACGAGCCCAAUCGGUACAGCGACCUCGAGAAUUACACCCUCGAGGACGAGAAUCUCUCCAGGAUGCUCGUUCGAUACCUCUCGAACUUCGUACGCAGAGGUGAUCCAAACGAGGGUUACACCGACGCCUUCACCAAGAGCACCCCUUUCUGGGAUUCGUACGACUCAAUAAACCAGUUAUACCUCGAAGCGAGUAAAUCACCAGAGAUGCGCUCCCAUUAUCGCGGCCACAAAAUGGCCCUAUGGUUGAAUUUACUGCCUCAGCUUCAUCGUCCAGGUUACGAGAUCAGUAUGCGUCAUCAUCACCUAGCUGACAAUCCACGUUUGUACGAGGGUGCCGUUAGACAACAGACAAUGGCACUGCCCCUCCCACCACCACCACUAUCAGCACCAAUGCCAACAGAAGCCUCAAUGUCAUCACCCAAGUCCAUCACACCAGUGACAACUGAAUGUACGACAAAUUUAUCAUCCCUCCCAAUGAGCACACCAUCAACUUAUCCAACUGCUUACCCAACUCAACAACCACAUCCAAAGUUGUCACCAGGUCCGAAUAAUCUUCUCCGAAAAUUUGCAUCAAAUCAUUAUCAAAGCUACACAACUGCCCUAACAGUAACAAUAGCCGUUGGAAUAUUUCUCCUUCUUCUGAAUAUUCUCAUAUUCGCUGGUAUCUAUCACCAGAGAGACAGAAAUGCAGCGGCAGCAGCAGCUGCUGCAGCUGCUGCCGCUGUAGCAGCCGCUACCACAUCAUCAUCAAACUCCUCCUCCUCGAUGAAGAGUUAUCUCGAGCACAAGAAGAAGGAACAAUUGCUCGAGGCUGGCUGCUCUGGCGAUCACUCAAUCAGCUCGAGCGGUGGUAAACUCUCGAGGCUAUCCUCCUUCAUCAUGACUGACUCGAUAUCAUCGAGUCCACCUCACAAGCACAAGCUCGCUCAGGAGCUUGAGCUUCAACUCCAGGAAUUUCAGUGCUCACCACCACCAGGUGGCAAGAGAAUGUCCCUGGAUCCACCCUCGUACAUCACCAGGAGUCCUGGCAAACGCAGCAGAACUCCUUCACCGUGUGUCGAUGUUGCUGCUCGUGAUAAUGAGCUCGAGGCACACGAUCCGGGAAUUCCACCCCUCGAUGAUGACUAUGAGGAUGAUUUUCUACCAGAACCACCACCACCUCCGAAAGUACCAGCCCCCAUCGUCUGUCCAGGAAUUCUGAGGCAACCCGGUACACCUGGAAGUGCGAAAAAACGUGUGCAGAUACAGGAGAUAUCGGUAUAGACAAUUUUAUGAAAAUGAUAACUAUUGAGAGGGAUUUGAUAAACUAUUUUACAUGGUAAUUAAAAUGUUAAUGUUUAUCGUUGUGUGCGAUUUUGUUUAAUUUGUGUUCAUCAGCUCAGGUAAAUAGUAUGUUUGAUCAGAGCCAAGUGGAAUUAUUGAGAGAUGAGGAAUUGGGAUUGAAUUAAUUAACGAAUACAUUUAAUGAUGCCGAUUUAAUUGUGGAUAAUCAUAAAACAAGUGGAUAUUGUUUUUCAUUGAGCACAAUGUGUUUUUCGUCGAUUCUAGGGGAUUGUGGUUGCGUUGAUCGUGUGUAUCCCAGUGACAAAUGAACAGGUGAAAGAAUUAUUGAAUUUAAAGGAUUUAAUCUCGAUAAAACGACCCGGAGCAUUACUGUAAGCGAACGCACAAUGCAUCGAAAAUUGUAGUACGAGUUUUGAAUGAAUGGAUUAUUCAUGGCUAUGAGAAAUGUGAAUUAAUCCCCACAAUUUUGCAUACGUGAAAAUAACAUAACGAACACACAAACAACUCAGAGUAAGCUAUUAUUGACGAAUAAAUUAUUAAGAGAUUAUAUAAACAAUUAUAAGUUAAUAAUACCUAAAUCAAAUAAAUUUAAAUUAAUGAAAAUUACCUAAACCCAAGUGUGGGGCCAUUCGUAAAUCCAAUACCGUUAAUUUUAGCUUGAAUAGAAUUGAAGAAACCUAUAUUAUAAAUCGCCAUCAAGAUUAUUGUAAUCGCUCAUUGUGUUAAUGCAUUUAAAAUUGACAGAGUGUUAUUAGAUGGGUGAGUGAUGUGAGUAAUUCGAGGAAAAGUCGACGAGAAAUUUAUCAAUGUUUCGAAUGUUGGUAUUUGAUUGGAAAUAAAUUCAUU